AAAAGGGUGGUUAUUCACUCACUCUCACUCACUGCCAGUUUGGAAUAAUAUUUUAUUUCCAUGAAUGCUGCCAAGAACAUAUCUGGCACCAUCUGUGGCUCGAUUUAUCUUGUGACUAAGACCUCUCACUCUCCCCAUGUUAUAGUUUUCCCUCUCACACACUUUAAUUCUCCUCCAAAAAAUUUCAUCCUCAUCUUUUCAGCCACUUUUCUUCUUCUUCCUCUUCUUCUUCUUUGUCCAACUUUGACUUUUCUCCUCAACUCAGCUCAUUGAGACAUUUUAUCAAACCCAAAACUAUGCAAGACCCAAUAGGAAUUCCUGCUUGUUUUUCAUCAACUGAGAAGCUGAGUGAUGAUCCAGCAGCAGUAACCAGGUCAGGCCAAAGUGUUGUUAUGUCCAUUUACAGAACUAAGAUUGCUAAUCACAGCCGCUUAAUCACAGUCACUUGGUGUAAGAAUCUUCUACUACAUGGCUUAUCAGUAUCAGUAGAAGGUCCUGAUAAAGGAAGCCAAUACACCUGCAAAGUGGAGCUUAAGCCAUGGUACUUCUGGAGGAAAAAUGGGUCAAAGCGUUUUGUAGUGGAUAACAAGCCAGUCGACAUUUUCUGGGACCUCAAGAAUGUCAAGUUCAACGGUGAAACAGAGCCAAACUCAGAGUACUAUGUGGCGGUUGUUUGUGACCAAGAAGUAGUCUUACUUCUUGGCGACUUAAAGAAAGAAGCUUACAAGAAAACUGGUUCUAGGCCUUCUUUGAUCGAUCCCAUAUUGGUCUCGAGGAAAGAGCAUGUCUUUGGCAAGAAAAAAUUCUCAACCAGAGCCAAAUUCCAUGAAAAGGGUAGACUUCAUGAGAUCUCAAUAGAGUGCAGGAACAGAGCUGUCAACAAUGGCAAUUUCCCAAGUGGGGUUGAGCCAGAAAUGGAAAUCAAACUAGACGGGCAUCUUUUAAUUCACGUCAAACACCUUCAAUGGAAGUUCAGAGGUAAUGAAUCGAUUCAUGUCAACAAGUUAAGAGUAGAGGUUUAUUGGGAUGUUCAUGACUGGCUUUUCAGUCCAGGUUUAAGGCAUGCUUUGUUUAUUUUCAAGCCAAUUAUAUCGUCUUCCACAUCUAUAUCAUCACUUUCAUCAUCCUCUUCUUCUUCUCCACCAUUGUCUUCAUUGACAUCAACUCCAUUGUCGUCACAGGCAGGGAGUUCAGGGUCAUUAGAGAGCUUAAACCCAACUGGGUCAUCUGAGUUUUGCUUGUUUCUUUAUGCUUGGAAAGUUGAAUGAAUGAAAAAAAGACAGACUUUCAUUUCAAAACGACAGUCGUUUUUGCUCCCCAAUCAAAACCAGAAGAAGAAGAAAGGAACCAGACUGGUCAAUGGAGAAAGUGGGUCCCAAUGGAGAAGGGAUUUAUUUGGAAGAAAAAUAUACAUACAGCUGGGACUUGGAGAGGGUUUGAACAAGUGGGAAUGAUUGGAAAAGACCGAUUGUUUGUGAUCAUAUACAUGUCCUUAUAAUAAUUUCAUUCUUUCUACAGUAUCUAGUGGCAUCUUCUUAUCUGUUUUUUAUGAAUGAACAGUAUAUAUAUAUAAAAAUAUAAAUAUAAAUUUGAUGUU